AUGAAACUCUACCAGAUUGAGAUCCAAAGUUGUCUCGUUGCACGCCAAGGGUUCUUGGUAGAAAAUUCAGAGCCUUGGAGGAGACAAGAACUGAAUCCGCAGACUACAGGCUUUGCGAUCAUUUUCAAUCGAGCAGCUUUGCAAAUUGAUACGCAGGGGCUUGCAACACAAUUUGGUCUUACAAAUGUCCGGCGCUUGUUGGAGGAAAAGAAGUUGCACAUUGCUUACUUUCUAGCAGAGUCUGCACUGCCUGCAGCCUUGAGCAUGGCAAGAGAAGCAGACAAGAAGGCAGCAGAAGCAGACAAGAAGGCAGCAGAAGCAGAGAAGGAGGCAACAGAGGCAAGGAACGAAGUAAGGCAGUUGAAGGAUGAGCUUCAAGGUGAGGGACUGUUUUCUGUUUCCUUGAAAAUCGAUUGCUUCGUUUGCGAGUUGAUUUGGGAUGAGCUUCAAGACGACAAUGACGACUGGAAGUUUGUCGGCAAUGCCUUCAAAAUCACUGGAGCG